CUUGUUUACCAUCAAAUAGUCCACACAGGAGAGAAACCAUAUACAUGCCAGCCAUGUGGGAAAGGUUUUACUCACCAGUCAUUCCUUUUGAGGCGCCACACAGUCCACAGAGGAGAGAAACCGUACAAAUGCCAGCAGUGUGGGACAUGCUUUCCUUACAAGUCAAGUCUUGUGAGACACCAGAGAAUCCACACAGGAGAGAAACCGUACACAUGCCAGCAGUGUGGGAAGGUUUUUUCUUACAAGUCAGUCCUUGUGUCUCAUCAGAGACUCCACACAGGAGAGAAACCAUACACAUGCCAGCAGUGUGGGAAAGGAUUUGCUCAGAAGGCAAGUCUUGUUUACCAUCAAAUAGUCCACACAGGAGAGAAAGCAUACACAUGCCAGCAGUGUGGGAAAGGUUUUUCUCAGAGGUCAAAUCUUAUGUCCCAUCAGAGAUUCCACAAAGGAGAGAAACCAUAUACAUGCCAGCAGUGUGGGAAAGGAUUAGCUCAUAAGGCAAGCCUUGUUUACCAUCAAAUACUCCACACAGGAGAGAAACCAUACACAUGCCAGCAGUGUGGGAAAGGUUAUGCUUACAAGUCAAGUCUUGUGAAGCAUAAGAGAGUGCACACAGGAGAGAAACCGUACAAAUGCCAGCAGUGUGGGAAAGGUUUUGCUCACAAGUCACGUCUUAUGCCCCAUCAGAGGGUGCACACAGGAGAGAAACCAUACACAUGCCAGCAGUGUGGGAAAGGUUUUGCUCACAAGUCAGUUCUUGUGUCCCAUCAGAGAGGCCACACAGGAGAGAAACCGUACAAAUGCCAACAGUGUGAGAAAAGUUUUGCUAACAAGUCAGUUCUUGUGUCCCAUCAGAGAGGCCACACAGGAGAAAAACCGUACAAAUGCCUGCAGUGUGAGAAAUGUUUUGCACACAAGUCAGAUCUUGUGAAGCAUCAGAGAGUGCACACAGGAGAGAAACCGUACAAAUGCCAGCAGUGUGGGAAAGGUUUUGCUGACAAGUCAAAUCUUAUGUGCCAUCAGAGAGUCCACACAGGAGAGAAACUGUACACAUGCCAGCAGUGUGGGAAAGGUUUUGCUUAUAAGUCAGUUCUUGUGAAGCAUCAGAGAGUCCACACAGGAGAGAAACCGUACAAAUGCCAGCAGUGUGGGAAAGGUUUUACUAAGAAGUCAAUUCUUGUGUCCCAUCAGAGAAUCCACACAGGAGAGAAACCAUACACAUGCCAGCAGUGUGGGAAAGGUUUUGCUGACAAGUCAUAUCUUGUGAAGCAUCAGAGAAUCCACACAGGAGAGAAACCGUACAAAUGCCAGCAGUGUGAGAAAGGUUUUGCUUACAAGGCAGAGCUUGUGAAACAUCAGAGAGUCCACACAGGAGAGAAACCAUACACAUGCCACCAGUGUGAGAAAGGUUUUGCUGACAAGUCAAAUCUUAUGUCCCAUCAGAGAGUCCACACAGGAGAGAAACCGUACACAUGCCACCAGUGUGGGAAAGGUUUUGCUAAAAAGUCAGUCCUCGUGAAACAUCAGAGUGUCCACACAGGAGAGAAACCAUACAAGUGCCAACAGUGUGGGAAAGGUUUUGUUCAGAAGGCAAAUCUUAUGUCCCAUCAGAGAGUCCACACAGGAGAGAAACCAUACACAUGCCAGCAGUGUGGGAAAGGUUUUUCUCAGAAGUCACAUCUCAUAUCCCAUCAGAGAGUUCACACAGGAGAGAAACCAUAUACAUGCCAGCAAUGUGGAACAGAUUUUUCUCAGAAGUCAAAUCUUAUAUCUCAUCAGAGAGUUCACACAGGAGAGAAACCAUAAAAAUGCAAGAAGUGUGGGGAAUGUUUUGCUCAAACCU